UCUUCUGAUUCAGAGUCUGAGAAGGAAGAGGUGAAGAAGGAGAUCAAGAAGGUGACCAAAAAGGAGGUCAAGAAGGAACAAGAAGAGAAACCCAAAAAGACGGAAAAGAAGGCUGAGACUUCAUCUGAUUCCGAUUCAAGCUCUGACUCUGAUUCGGAUGAUGAGAAGGAUGAGGCUGAGGAGGAUACCAAAAUGGAUGUUGACAAAGAGGAUGGCUCCUCUUCUGAGUCCAGCUCCUCUGAAUCCUCUAGUUCUUCGUCCGAUUCCGACUCGGACGCAGAGUCAGAUUCGGAUGACAAGAAGCGAAAGGCCGAUACCGAACAAGCCCCAGUCGUCAAGAAGGCCAAGACUGAGACCGCUGCUGCUCCUUCCAAUGAUGAUAGCUCUGCUUCCACUACUGUUUUCGUUGGUGGUCUCUCCUGGAACGUUGAUAAUGACUGGCUUCGUCAGGAGUUUGAGGGAUGUGGCGAUAUUGCUGAUGUUCGCGUCAUUACCGAUCGUGAUUCCCAAAGAUCUAAAGGCUAUGGUUAUGUCGAGUUUGCUAAUGCCGAGGGUGCCAAAGCCGCUUUGGCCCUUGCUGGAAAGGAAAUUGAUGGCCGUCCCAUCCGUGUCGAUAUUUCUGAAGGUCGUCCCAAGAAGGAGGCAAAGUCUUUCAAUAACAACACUCCCCAGGGCGAGGCUUCUGAUACUCUCUUCGUCGGUAAUUUGAGCUUUUCUGCCACUGAGGAUGAUCUCCGCAGCGCCUUUGCUGAGUGUGGUGAGAUCAUCUCUGUCCGUCUUCCCACUGAUCGUGAGACUGGUCAGCCCAAGGGAUUCGGUUACAUUCAGUUCAAGACAAUUGAAGAGGCCAAGGCUGCCAUUGCCUGGAAUGGCUCUGACCUCGCUGGUCGUCCCUGCCGUCUCGAUUUUGCCGGAAAGAAGCCUGAGCGUUCUGAGGGUGGUGGUGGUGGUGGCCGUGGCGGUCGUGGUGGCGCCCGUGGUGGCCGUGGUGGCCGUGGUGGUCCCCGUGGUGGUGGUGGUCGUGGUGGCCCCCGGGGCGGUCGUGGUGGCUCUACCAACCGUGGAGGCUUCGGUUCUUUCCAAGGAUCCAAGGUCACCUUUUAAGAAAACUGGUCUCUCUUAAAAACAAGUAUUUCUUUUUCACAUUCUUUUCUCAAUUGGCAUUUUGUUUUUUAUCAUCAUUAUUCG